UGCCCCGCCGUGACCACUGUUCCAGUUCAAGGUUCAACCAUGACAGCAAAAAUAGGCUCGCUCUAUCUCAGUGUAGCUCGCCGUUAACGCUCCCUAACUUGAAGGCAGGAAUGGGGUGGGGGGCGGAAAUAAACCACUAAUUUGGGCCAGGCCACGGAGCAAGCUCGCCGGCCACCGAGUACCCGAUGUGCCUCAGCUAAAAGAUUGAGCUGUUAGCCGCCACUAGCUCUGACACAACCGACGGCGAGCAUUGCUCGAUAGCAAGCCGGAGGAAAAGGUGGAUGGUCGCGGCGGCGACGGCGGUGGAGGCGGUGGUGGAGGGGAGCGCCUCGGAUAAAAUCUCAACAGCUGCUGAGCUAAAAGACAUUUGUUUUUAACGUGAAAAAAACCAAAAACCCGGGGCCGCCAUGUUCGUCCAGGAGGAGAAGAUGUUUCCGGGCAAAGUGUUGAAGAUUCACAUCUGCGCCGUGGACGGCGCCGAAUGGCUGGAGGAGAUCACGGAAGACAGUACGGUGGAGAAACUCAAGGAGAAGUGCUUGAAACAUUGUGUGCAUGGAAACUUGGACGACCCCAAGACGCUGACCCACCACAAGCUCAUACACGCUGCUACAGAGCGAGUGCUCAGUGACACCAAAACGGUGGCGGAUGAAAGCCUCAAAGAUAAAGACGUUCUGCUGCUCAUAAAGAAAAGGCCGCCGCCGACCCCUCCCAAAAUGUCGGAGGUAUGCGCAGAAGAAAAGAAAAAACAGGACAACAAGGCCCCGGACAAGGAUGCCAUCUUGAAGGCCACUGCCAACCUCAGCACUCGCCACACGGACCGCACUGUCACGCAGCACAAUAUCAGAGACUUUCAGACUGAGCUCCGAAAGAUCCUGGUGUCCCUCAUUGAAGUGGCCCAGAAGCUACUGGCCUUGAACCCUGAUGCCGUGGAGCUUUUUAAAAAGGCCAAUGACAUGUUGGACGAGGACGAGGAAGAUCGCGUGGACAACGCGGCCCUCCAGCAGCUCACCGAGAUGGGCUUCCCUGAGAACAGAGCAAUCAAAGCCCUCAGACUCAACCACAUGUCGGUGACUCAGGCCAUGGAAUGGCUGAUCGAGCAUGUUGACGACCCCUCCGUGGACACGCUGCUGCACAGUCAAGAUUCUUCUGUUGCUGCCACAGGAGCCGCCACGAACGCUAACUCCGCUGCCACAGCCGGCCCGUCAGCUUCGGGCUCCUCCAGAACACCAUCGUGCUCGUCCGCAUUGCGACGCAGCCUGUCCGGCACGGAGGAGAGCAACAGCAGACAAGAUGAGCUUACGGAGAUUUUCAAGAGGAUUCGCAGGAAAAGGGAGUUCAGGCCUGACUCGAGAGCUGUGUUUGCUCUCAUGGAGAUGGGCUUUGAGGAAAAGCAGGUGAUUGAUGCCCUCAAAGUCAACAACAACCAGCAAGAUGCAGCGUGCGAGUGGCUGCUGGGAGACAAAAAGCCUUCUGCAGAGGACCUGGACAAAGGCAUCGACACCAACAGUCCGCUCUUCCAGGCCAUCCUGGAGAACCCCGUCGUCCAGUUGGGUUUAACCAACCCCAAGACUCUACUCGGUACAAACAUAAACACAUUCGAGGACAUGCUGGAGAACCCCCUGAACAGCACCCAGUGGAUGAAUGACCCCGAGACGGGCCCUGUCAUGCUCCAGAUAUCCAGAAUCUUCCAGACCCUUAAUCGCACAUAGAGGCGAACCACCACCCUACACGUGUGAAUGUGGCAGCUGUGUGCAUAUAUGUGUGAGAGAUGAGUAUUGUUAAUGCCAGAGGAGUUGUACCUAUACAGUAAAUAUUUAUAACAGUACAGUAAAGUAUACGAAAAACAUUAUUAUUACUACAGCGACGAUACAAAGUUCUAUUUACUAGGUCGUUUUUACAUUUUAACAAGCGCAAUUUCUAGUUAUUUUACAAUAUUGUUUUUGUCACAAUCAAACACACGAGCACAUUCAAUGUUGACACCAUGUUUGGCACAAUAUGUAUUGUUGCAUUAGUUUUUUUAAUUUUAAUUUAUUUGGAUUUUCGCCUUUUUAAACCUGUUAUGGGUCAAAUUUACAAAAGUGUAUUAGGGCCACGCUGAAAAGAAAAAGCAAACAUUUAUUUAGAAUUGAAGUUGUAUGAUUAUGAGAAUAAAGUUGGCUAUUUCCCUGAAGUUGUAAUCAUAUGAGGAAGUUUUAUAUUUUCAAGAUAAAUUAGUAUUUUCAAGAAAAUAAAAUGUUUAGGAAAUAAGUACAAUUCAGAUUAAAGUAGAACCAAAUACACCAAAAAAAAGUUAUUUAAAUUUGACACAUUACAGAAAAGUGUUAUUAACAAGCUGGACAAUGAAUGAAUGAACAAAAAUAAAAUAAAAAAUGGCAAAGUAUGUGAAUUGGGGCUUCCAAAUGGGCAAGAAUCUGCUAUUUGUGGAAUGUCACGUGACCAAAGCGGAACGCAGGAUGGCUGACUUCCUGUGUAUGCUAUGCUAACGAGCAUAACUAGGUUUGGUGACUAGGCUGGUGUCUUCGGUCAAACGUUAAAUACAUGUAUAUCCUUCAUUUAUACAACUAUGACAUGUAAGCAUGAACAAAGCCUAAUCACAGAAAAAAGUCGUACAGUUGUAGUUGUGGUGACAUCUUGUUUUAAAAAAAAAAAAAAAAAGGUCGCGCACAUACCAAAUUGAGACGUUCUCUCCGUUUGUAGACACUGGGCGUGUCGCUGAAAGCUCUUAAAACCCCGCUUCCCCAGAAUGCCCAGCUGUCGAUCAAAUGUGUGCCUUCUUUCACGGCUCCUAAGCGGGGAGAGGAGAGUUCCCAGAGAAGGACAUUCCAUGCUCUCACAGGCUGCAGAGAAGCAGCCUCUGAGCCAGUAUAAUGACCAUCAGCCACCCCGCCGGUACAAUUUUCCCUCCUUUGAAAUUCAGCGGGACAACGCGCCUCUGUGGUCGCCGAAGGGUUGACCAUAAGCGGCCACUUGGAGUGACGCGCACCGGUACCCUUGGAUGAUUAUCCCCCCCCCCGACCCACCCUUCUCGCCCGGCGACGUGCUACCAGCAACUGUGAGGCUGACGGCCCUAACGCUGUUGUUGAAUGCAACAUUUCAGAACUAAAUUGCUCUCAGUCUUUGCACAUUUUCAGCACUUCAAACAUAUUUAAUGUAUUUAGAAACAAAUCAAGGAUAUGAAUUUUGUGGCACUUUAGUAGAAUGAAAAUGUAAGACUGUUUUUGCAAUAUUACAUUAAUUUGGAAAGUGUGUUUUAUCUCAAACAUAUGACUAUUCUCAUAUUACAACUAAUCUCCAAUUCACUAUUUUUUCUUAAAUGUAUGACUAUUCUCGUAAUAUUCUGAUUUUAAUCUAAAAUAUGACUUCUUAAAAUAAUAAAUAUCGAUAAUAUACAACUUUAUUCUCAUUAAUCUCAAAUAUACAACUUGUUUUCCCAGAAAUAUACAACUUUAUUCUUGUAAUAUGACAUUCAUAAAAAGAUGGGCAACUUUUCAUCUCAAAUGUACCACUUUAUUCUUGUAAUAUUACAACUUUAAGGUCGAAGAUAUGACUUUUUCAAAAAUAUCCCAAAAACUUUUCAAAUAUCUCGGAAGUGUGCAACAUUAUUUUUGUAUUACAGCAUUAAUCUCAAAUAUAGUAAAUAUUUUCUUUAAACUUCACCUUUAUUCCGGUAAUGCUACCACAUUAAUCUCAUCUACAUUUUAUUUUAUCAAAAAUCGACAACUUUUUCCUCCAAAAUAUUCUUGAGACCAUUCAUCAUCUCAAAAAAUAUCCUACUUUAUUCCCAUAAAAUUAUGACUUGUAGCGUAAUUUACACUAAAUUGCGCAAAUUGAAAGUUUUUUUUUUUUAAUCUAGAAGAAAAACUUUUUUUUAAAUGUCAAUAAAAAUAGACUAAACAUCUUGUGCUGGCCUUAAUUUUGUCAUAUUUAAAAAAUAAUGGGGAAUUUUUAUGUACAACAUUUAGAUAUAUUAAAUAUAUUUACACAGCAGGCUGUAAGAGGGGGCAAAAAUGUAUUUCUUUGUACACUUGGAAAUGAGUGUACAGUAGUAUAUUUAAUUUGGUAUAACACAAACCUAUUUCACUUCAAUUUAAUACUCAAACAUAAAACGUGUUUCAUCUCCAAUGUACAUAAAAGAAGGGUUAAAUAGUCGCCUGGAACCCAAAUUUGCUGUGCAGUACAUCCCACUUGGUCUGUCUUUCUGUGCAAUAUCAAGCAGUGGUUAACCUGCAAGGAACACUUGUUGCUUUUAAGAGGUGUGUGACGCAAUAUUAUUGAUACUUUAAAAAGCAGGGUUGGGCAACCUCAAUAACGGCCCACCAUGCAAUUGUAAAAGAUUUUUAAUUUAGGCUGAAAAUGCUCACAUUUUUUAUAUGUAUUUUCCCCCAUUAAUGUGGUGGGAGGCCCCUGCUUUACUAUCAGUACGGGAGGGUCUGUGGGUUGUUGCCAAACGUUUGGAGUGUUUUAUCAACUGUUCUCUAUUUAAAAAAAAAAAAAAAUGCUAUUGAUGUGACUUCUUUCUGCUCAGGGAGGUUGAGAUAGUUUAGUUUGUGUUUUUUUUCCUUCCUUCCUGCUUGUGUGACAACUGAACAAAAUGGCUUUAAGGAGUUGUCGUGGUUUCUUAAAUGCAACAUAUGCAGUACUCACAAAAAUGAUUGCGAUAGUCAGACUUCAGGGUGAAAUUUCAGGAUGAGCUUGAAAUGCACUAAAACCUUAACGGGUUAACUUAUUUUGACCUUCUGUUUUGAAUGCACAUUUAACUACUGUUUGCACAAUUUGCUGUUCUUUAAGGAGCUGAACAGCAACAUUCACAACAAGGUGUUUGAGCCGUAAAUCAACCGAUACAUUUGCAGGGACGUCCAAUUCCGUGCCUUUCUGUGACUCCUCCAGUCUCUGUGUUGUAAGCGUCUGAUGGAUGGCACUUUAAUCUCAGUGGCCACUUCCCUCUCAGAGUAUUCUGUUUGAAGCCUCUAAAUGGCGGGUACUCAAGUACAUUUCAGAGUCUGUACUUUUUUGUAAAAAAAAAAAAAAAAAAACACCAGUAGAAGUACCGAUUAGACAAAAGCCUAGACUCGGGAAUGUACUUACUUUUGUACACAAGUACAUUUCAGAGUCUGCUUUUUAUGAAAAAGGAAAACUGGUAAAGGUACGGAUUCAACUUAAGACAAAGAUUAAAAAAAAUUAUAAUAAACUACAGAAUCUGAAAUGUAAUUUUGUACUUCAGUACAUUCAGAAUCUGUACUAUUUUGUAAAAAAGAAAAAAAAGGGAAAAGCGGUAGAAGUACUGACUUGACUCCUUUCAAAGUGAAACAGUAGACUGAAAUGUACUUACUUCCUUUUGUAGUUUGUACAUUUCAAAGUUUGUACUUUUUUAUAAAACAAAAAAAACAAAGUACUGAUUGAACUCCUUGAUAAAAGUACAAAUGUAAAGAUUCUUAAUUUUACUUUGGUACUCGAGUACAUUUCAGAAUGUACUUUACUUACACAAUGUUCUGGGAGGGAAGUAUCCACUGAGCUUACAGUGUCACAGGCAGCGUGUCACCAGCAUGUUGCAAGUAAGAGACUGGAGAAGUCACAGAAAGGCAAAGUAGUGGGAGGCCUUGGAAAUAAAACAAAAAAUGAUUGUGAAUUUUACCAUUCAGUUUCUUAUGAGAGUAAAGUAAGUUGCGCAAAAAGUACUAAAACAUGAAGCAGUUGCUUUCAAAAGAUUACAAAUUAAGUUUAACUGUAAAGUGCAUUUUAGAUUUGUCCUGAAAUUUAACCACAAAGUAAUCAGAAUUUUUUGUGAGUACAGUCGUGUAUUUGUGUCUGUGUGUUUGUGUGUGUGACAAUGGCGAAGGUUAUUCUUAUUUAUACGGAAGCCAAACUGAAAUGUGUUAUUUAUAAUGAGCUCAUCUAUGAAUGUGAACACCAAAAAAAAGGAAUGGAAAAUGAUUCAAAUGUCGUGUCAAUCGUCAACGCUGCUUUGUCUAUUCAACCACAACACCGUUUGUUUGUUUUUUCCCCAGCAACCUAUGCAAUAUGUUCUCACGUGUAUCUCCACUCGGAGACAUCUGAAACACUUAUUGCAUUAAAGGCAUUUUUUUGGGCUCUA